CAUUUAUAAGCUGCUACCUGAGUAUUGAGUGGCUCAGCCAUGACUAGGUACCUGGUGAGACUAGGUUGGUUAUUCUGUGACUGAAAAAAAAGUCUUGAAAAGCCCCAGAAUAUAAGGCUGGGGGCUGUGAGGCCUGGUUAUGGCCUCUAAGUUAGUCAGAACCGAGAGGUCAUUCAGGAGGAGCCUGAGUAAAAUGAGCUUUCCCUAUAAAGCUAACAUGAGAAUCCACAGAGGGGCGUUAGAGGGAGAUGUAAACAAAGUGAACCACAUCUUGACUCAUGGAGAAGCUGGCAUGGACGACCGAGAUAAAAAUAACAGAUUUGCAGAGGAACCUGGUGCUGGUGAUACCAAGCCUACUUCAGAAGAGAGCAACAACAAAUCUGACACCAAGAAUAUCCCUGAAGGAAAAGGAAGUGUAUGUGGAGAUGUUCAGCAAUCCAAGAAAGAUGAUGAGAGUCCUAAAAAUGAAACUUUAACCAGGGAAUCUAGUUCUGUUGAAGAUGGGCUUACAUACAAUGUGGGCACCAAUAAAUCUGAUACCAAGAUUGACUGUGAAGGAAAAGGAGAAGUUAGUAAAUAUUUUUGGCAAUCCAAGAAUGAUGCAAAACGUGACCAGGACAAGGAAGAAAAUCAAGCCUCAUGUGACAACAAUGAUUCUGAUAAAGGAGCAGAAUGUAUAUUUUGGACUGCUCCUGCCAGAAGAAUCAAAGUCAAGAGCUUGCAUGGUACUCCUCCUUCGUCACCUGAUUCGAAGAGUGUUUCUGAGCCUCUUCCUCUGAGCUGUGUUGGCAAGUUUACUGCAGCUGAAGAUCAAAGAGGUGAACAGAAAAUAAAUAAACAUAAAGAAGAUGAUCUUGGUACAUCUUCUCACAGAAGUAGAUUAAGAAUAGCAAACAUAGCUCAGCCAGAUGAUGCAAGAAAUGUAGGCACACUGGUGUCCAAUGCAGCAGCAGCACAUGUGGAAGUAGAAUCAGAGAACCACCAGAGAAGGCUUAAUGGCCCAGAAAAGAAACAGCCACAUAAUAUUUGUGAGAGUCCUUCACUGAGCUGUGAUGGACAUCUAUUUGCACCUUCAGAUCAAAGAAAAAAGCAUACAGUAAGCGGUCAUAUAAAAGGUAAGAAUGAUAUAGUAUAACAAUUUAGUUCCAAGUUCUUUGAACUAAAUGUUUGCUUAAGACAUGAGCACUGGCAUGUUUUAAUAACUGACAAAAAGUGACUAUUAAAUAGUAAGGAAGAAGAGAAGUGAAAUAUUACUAAGUGCUAUAACUUAUUACUUUUCAACUACAGGUUAAGUUGGGAAUGUCACUAAAGGAAAUUAAUUAUUAGUUCCUUUUCCAGACAUGCUAAUCCCAGAGGAAAGUUGGUAAAUAAGAA